AUGGACGUUGCCUCAUUCAUGUUCCAGAGGUUCCGCCAGUGCGGUCACAUCGUUGCCAUCCACGUCGUCGAGGUCGACGAACAGCGCGACCCGCUCGACAGCAACAAUCCGCGCGCUAGCGGCGUUGGAGGCGUGAAGAUCAGCUUCGAUGAUCAGGACUCUGUUCGCCGUGCCCUCGGCCUCCGCCUGUACGCGAUCGACGGCGAGGGCGAGUACGAGCUGCUCGGUUUUUACCACCUUGUUUGUCCUGGUUCUGCUUGGGUGCGCAUUCGAGAGCAGGAGAUCCAGGGCUACUCCAGUCAUUGGCCGCCGUGCUCCAUGGACGGCGCCCAGGCUCGUGAGCUGUAUCGCGCUCCGCCGCACACGACUCCUUCCUUCGCUCCUCCAAGCGCUCCUCUGCCAUUGUGUCUGGCCUUCUCAAAGCUCAACGCCAGGUGUGGCAGCGACAAAUACUUGCGCCGCGCUGGUGCCGCCUCGAAGGUGCCAUUUCUUCCCACUCUCUUCGAGGUUGAAAGUGUGCCCUGGGUGGGCGAGGCCUUCCUGUACCCGUACGACUCCCCCGCAUUGGCCAAGGUCCGCCGCAACACCGUAAUCAAGUACCGUGGGGAGUCCCUGCCGGGCGCGGCGUACCGCGCAGUCACCAGCAUUGUUUCCAAGACAUCGUACCGCUCGCUCGGUCUUGACCUCUUGACGACUAACACCGCCAAGCCCGCGGCCACCCCCGACCCCAUCGACAAUGGCCAUCGACGUGCCCAGCUACACCACAAGUCGGACAUCAAGCACCCAGGCCAGACAACCAAGCGGUUCUACGGCCUCGACAUCGAGUCGGACCACCGGGAAGUUGAGCCCGAUAACGACCCGCGACAGGCAAGGCCCUUCGACAUUCGUAGCGCUCCGCUCCUCACCCCAUCUUUGGGCUCUGCUGUCGGAAACACUCCCAACGUCAAAGCGUCCGUUGGACCUGUGCCUGAGCUCGCUCCCUCUCUGCCCCUGCCUGCUCGUGGGCAGCCAACCUCGACUCUCGCCAACGUAUCGUGGCUCACUGUCGACGUUGCCAAGAUUCUGGCUCGCAUGAAAGUUAACCUGAAUCCUUGGCCAGCAAGACGUGGUCCGAACCCUACGUCCAGGUGUUCUCAAGCAGGCCAGCAGCUUGGCUCUGCCAUUUGUGCGCUAGAAUCGAAGACUGUUCGGUACUGUAAUUCAACGCUCCCCGUCGUUAUUGUGGACUCCGGCACGGGCUUGGGCAAGUCGACGCACUCGCGUACAACAGCGAGGCCCAACUUCCACGUCAAGUUGGCACCCGCCCUCAAGGCUCAAGGAACCAUUGCCGACAAGACCCUUUUCUACCACAUCCGCACCACCUACAAGGCUAUCAAGUAUGGCCAGCCCACGGGGCGCAGCAUCUCGGUCAUCCAGACCAUGGAGUACCGCGACGAGAAGACGGCGCCGCUGUCCAUCAACCCGCCUGAGAACACGCGCGCGCUCCUCGCCCACACCCGUGUCCUGUCGCUCGAGACUCCGCCUUGA